CAAUGACACCCGUCUGCUUUUUGAUUCUUUUGUUUUUGAGAGGAAUGGCUCAGCUGACUUCUCAGAAAUCCUCCUUCUCUCUUCAUCAAGAGAGACGUUUUGUCGCAGCUAGAGUUGGAGACACGGUGACUCUGCAAUGUUUCUAUGAUGGUGAUGAUGCAGCUUGGCUUUACUGGUACAAACAAAGUCUAGGUCAGAAACCAAGGCUCAUCUCUACGCUCUACAUCUAUGAUACAAGAAUCACUUUUAAGGAUGAAUUUGACGACAGUUCACGCUUCAGACUCAGCACAGCAAACAAGACCAAUCACCUGACUAUUUUAAAUAUCCAGUUUUCAGAUUCAGCUACUUAUUAUUGUGUAAGGACCACCUCAUUUGUUUUAACCUUCAGUGAGGGCACUGUGCUCAGUGUAAAAGGCUCAGGUUUAAGCGUCCAAGCCUCCGUCUAUCAGUCAGAAUCUGGGAGCAUCCAGAAUGGAGGAUCAGUGACUCUGAACUGUAUGGUCCACACUGGGAGCUGUGGUGAAGAACACAGUGUUUACUGGUUCAGAAACUCUGAGGAAGCUCAGCAGGAAAUCAUUUACACCCAUGGAGGCAGGAAUGAUCAGUGUGUGAGGACACACAACAGAGAAACAAACACCUGUAACCACAACCUGCUGGAUCCUUCUCAUGCUGGGACCUACUACUGCGCCGUGGCUUCAUGUGGACUCAUACUGUUUGGAAACGGGACCAACUUGGACUUUAAGGCAGAUGAUGGUGUCUCUCUCCUCUUGGUGUAUUUACUCAGUGGAGCUUUGGCGUUCACCAUCAUGUUAGUUGUUCCCCUGGCUUUCACAGCAUGUGCAAAAGAGCAGUGCUCAGGCAGUCAUGCAAGAGCAUCCAGAGCCUCCACAGCAGCAGGAGGUUCUCCAGAUGCAGAUGACCUCCAAUAUGAAAAUCUAUGGAAGAACAAAGCCAACAGAUCACUGAGACAAAGGGACGGGACGUGGAGUGAAUGUGUGUACUACACUGUCAGACAGUGAAGAUGAUGUUUUCAGGUUACCAGAGGUGACAGAUCUGUCAGAUUUCACAUCCUGAUACUGAAGUACAGAUGGACCCAGAGGCCCCAGUAAAACAUGUGAUGUUUUGUAAGUGCAGUAUUUCCGCUCUGUGCUUCUAGUCAACGACUUACAAACACGGCUGCAUGUAACUGAUGUCUGUGGUCACUGUGGGCUCAGCUACUCACAGGAGGAUUUACAAAAACAACUAAAACCUGACAAAUACACAAAGGUCUCUGAGUUUAACAGGGUGAAAUGUGCUUGUGCUUCACACAACUCAACCUUCCUUGUAUCUGCUUGUGAAUAUUUCUUAAAUUCAAGCUGAAUCAGACUCUUAGUAAAUCUGCAGCACAGUCAAUAAGGCACUGAAACAUCAGCAUGGUUUAUUCAGAUGUGACACCUUUAAAGUGUGGCAGCAUAUGAGAGACUUAAGAUGAUGUUUCAUGUAUUGCAUGGUUCUGCAACACUCUACCAUGUUAAAUGGUGACUCUCAGAAAACUGUGUUCAUACGUUUAUUUGUAAUUUUGCUUUUCAUCAUUAUGAGUGAAUAUUCAUAAAAUAGA